AUGGAUCAUAUGCACGACGCUUUGUCGAAGCCUGAGUUCGGCAUACCCUGGCUGACAGGAGGAGCGCCGCGGCUGUUACUGCCCCACUGCGGACCCGCCGACUUCAACCAAGGGCAAAGCUUCGAAGGAGUGGUGCGGCCCCAGCAGCCUCUUCACUGGCUGGCACGACUUCUUCGGCGACUUCCGCGCCCAUCUUUUCUGAACCUCGCUGUUCGCGGUGAGUCGUUCCCAGUGGACGGCUGUGAGCUGGCCGAUGAUAUGGGCACCUUUCAGGACCCCACCUGCGUCGUUGGCAUCGCCGGGGACUGGGACACACUGGUCGUCAAGCGGGACAUGUUCGGAUGCUCUGGUGAGAUUCCAUGCCUGCGGGGAGUCACCUUCUUUGCCCGUGCUGGGUCCAUGCGCCGUAGCAUCAAGUUCAACCGGCACGAGACGGAG